AUGCAAAAUAGGUCAUUUGGCUCACACGGCUCUGAUUAUGUGAUGCACAGGUCCAAUGCAAACGUCGAAUUGAAACAGUUGGUUUCUAUUGUUGCAGCGAUUGAUGACUUGAGAGAUCAAAAGGCCAGUUGCUAUGGCAUGCGAAAUGAGGUCAUGAGGAACUACAGGCCAGUGGUUCUAGGGGAAGAGGAGGGAUUUAUUAGGGCCUUGCAAAGAGGCCAGUCUCAGGUGACCCAAAGAUAUGAUAGAAAGAUGACAUUGUGGGAUCCUGGUUCUGAAUGCAAUAUUGGCUAG